AUGUCCUUCCCAUACAAGCACGUCCUUCUGGUUGGUGCCACAUCUGGAAUUGGUGCCGCAAUGGCAGAUAAACUUGUUGAUGAGGGAGUCAACGUCAUUGCCGUGGGCCGUCGCCAAGAACGGCUCGAUACGUUUGUUGACAAGCAUGGGCCUUCAAGGGCAGCUUCCAUCCGGUUCGACAUAACGGAUAGGGCUGGUCUAAAUGAUUUCUUUAAUGAGGUUAUCCGAAGGUUCCCGGACAUCGACUGCGUGUUCAUCAACUCUGGCAUUCAAAGUAUUGCAAGGCUCUCGCAGCCCGAGACUGUCGACAUGGAUGCAUUUCGAAACGAAAUCAAUACCAAUUUCCUUGGCGUUGCAGACCUGACUAUGAAGUUUCUUCCGGAGCUUCAGAAGAAGUCAUAUCCUACAGGCUUGAUUUUCACAGGAACACAUAUUUCUAUUCUUCCGGCCGUCCUAAUGCCGGCAUAUUCUGCAUCAAAAGCGGCUCUUAGUUCUUUCGUUUACUGUCUUCGCCAGCAACUUAGAGACUCUAGCACCAAAGUCAUUGAGAUUUGGGCACCUGCAGUUCAAACUGAAAUUCACGAUUACAUGGGCAAAGAGCGCGGUCGAGCUAUAGGUAUGCCUGUUCAGAGUUUUGUCGAGGAAGCUUUUGAGCAGUUCCUUGCUGGAGCUGAGGACGUGAUUGUUGGCUCUGUGGGGCCGGAAGAGCAGUACCUGAGUCUUUUCAAGUCACGAAAGGAACAGGCAGACGACUUUGCAAACCUGCUAUUGUCUCGCUUCUAA